AGACCGAUCGAUUUUGAAGACAUCCGAUAACCAUGGAGGCUGUACAACGGACACUACCUCCAAAUCCAAAAGAUGAAGCGAAAUUUCUUUCAGAAUUGUUAUUUGCCUGGACGGUGCCGAUCUUCAAGCGUGGCUACUCAAAAGCUCUAGAUAUUGCGGAUCUUUUUCAGCCGCUUCGAGUUGAUCGAUCCGAGUUAUUGGGUGAUCGAUUAGAUAAAGAAUGGCUGAAGGAAAUUAAAUCUACGAAGAGGCCAUCACUAAUCAAAGCCACAAUGAGAACCUUCUGGAAGGAAAUAUUAUUGAUGGGCAUAUUAACUGCAUUUAACGAUAUUGGCGUUCGUUUGGUUCAACCCAUACUCCUGGGCCAGCUUUUAAUUUAUUUCCGCCUAGGUACAAGCGAUAAUGAAGAGAAUACAAAUGACGCCCUCUAUUACGCUAUAGGGUUGAUUGCCACGACCGCAAUAGGUUCUUUAUCCUUCAACCAUUUCCAAUUAAUCGCGUAUCACAAUGGUAUGAAACUACGGGUCGCUGUUUGUAGUAUAAUUUAUCGAAAGGUGUUGCGGUUAUCAAGGACAGCACUAGGCGAUACAGCUCCCGGGAAGGUGGUCAAUUUAUUGUCAAACGACGUCAGUCGUUUUGACUAUGCCUCCAUCUUAAUCAACUCAAUGUGGAGUUCGCCAUUACUGGCAUUGAUUGCUGGGAUUCUACUGUGGAAUGAGGUUCGUUGGGCAGGAUUGGUUGGCAUGUUCGUUGUAUUGCUCGUAGUUCCAAUUCAAUCAUACGCUGGAAAACUUUCGUUGAAGUUCCGCUACCAGACCGCAAUUCGAACGGACGAAAGAGUCCGAUUCAUGGAUGAAAUUAUCUCUGGCGUUCAGGUCAUUAAAAUGUAUGCCUGGGAGAAACCAUUUUCCAACCUCAUCUCAUUUGCGCGUCGCAUGGAAUUGAAAAUUGUCCAAAAAAAUUCUCACGUUCGUGCCUUGUAUAUGACCUUUAACUUGUUCACAACCCGUGCUGCCAUCUUCUGUACCAUGUUAACCAUGGUCUUAACCGACGAUGAGAUAACAGCCGCAAAAGUGUUCGUCCUAACAUCAUACUACAACGUAAUCGCCUGGACAAUGUCACAAAUGUUUGUCCGCGGGGUGGCGGAAAUAGCUGAAGCUUGGGUCUCAUUCAAGCGCCUCCAAAAGUUCUUGGAAUAUGAAGAAAAGGACGAGAGUUUAAAGGCUUCAAAGCAAAGAUUCCCUCAAGAUUUCGGCGUGGAUAAAAAUUCCAAAGAAAAAGCCAAUAUGAAUGGAGAUGUCGGUGGAGUGCCACAGGAUGUCCUGGUACAAUUGAAAAACGUGACAGCGAGAUGGUCGGACCCCAUCCAGCAAGAAAUCGACCCCAAAACAGGCAAACCACUCAAGAAAUCUAUGGGCUCAGAAAAGCGUAUCAAUGAAAGCGAAGAAUCACCUACGCUGAAUAAUGUCAGUAUUGACUUCAAGAAAGGAAAAUUGAUUGGUAUCAUAGGAUCAGUGGGAGCGGGCAAAUCGUCCCUUCUACAGGUAAUUCUAGAAGAACUUCCAGUUGAAAGUGGUUCCGUGGUUGUACAAGGAAAAGUAUCUUAUGCAUGCCAAGAACCCUGGGUAUUCGCGGCUUCUGUACGACAGAACAUCCUUUUCGGAGAAGAAAUGGAAAAAUCUAGAUAUGAUGCUGUGAUUAAAUCAUGUGCUUUGGUCAAAGAUUUCGAACAAUUUGAACAUGGGGAUAAGACUAUUAUUGGCGAGAAGGGAGCAUCAUUGUCAGGCGGUCAAAAGGCUCGCAUUAAUCUAGCUCGAGCAGUUUACCGAGAAGCAGACAUAUAUCUUCUGGAUGAUCCUCUAAGCGCAGUAGAUGCUCACGUUGGACGGCAUUUGUUCGAUGAAGUGAUCGGUUCGAAUGGAAGAUUGGCCCGAAAAAGAGCUACAAGGAUUUUGGUGACGCAUCAAGUUCAUUUCUUGAAGGAUGCCGACUGGGUUGUAGUCUUAGCGGACGGUAAAGUAGCUAUGCAAGGCAAACCGGCCGAUCUUGUCAGAAGUGGAGUGGAUUUCGCCGAACUCCUUGAACAAGACGAAACUGAAGAAGCAGACGAUGAUAGUCUUGAUCGUCGCAGUAGACGAUCAUCAUCAAGAUCCUUGGCAUCAUCUAGACAGUCACUCGACAGUGACCAUGAAUCACAGGCCGAAGAAGAACUCAAGGCCGCCGACGAACUACAAAAAAUGGAAGCAACUUCAAAAGGAACAGUUAAAGGAUCAGUCAUUGGCAAUUACUUAAAAUCAAGUGGCUCAGUUAUGGUCCCGGUGAUCAUAGGAACCCUUUUCAUCGUCACACAAUUCUCUGCCAGUUUUGCCGAUUUCUGGGUAUCGUUUUGGACUAAGCAAGAGGAGCUACGGUCCUACUAUGAGAGCCAGAAUUUCACGAUAGAUGAUGUUGGACCAUUUAGCAGUGAAAUAGAUCUCGUCAAGCCAAAUGGAUCGCUCGUUGAUAAUUCGGUUAAUGGUUUGAUAAACGGAACUACAGGGGAAGGAGAAACUGGUCCCAUUGCAUAUCUGCUGAGCACUGAUUUUUGUAUGAGUAUUCAUGGUGUCCUGAUUAUUUUAAUUUUCACCUUUGGCAUAAUAAGGUCGGUAGGGUUUUUCGCAAUGGGAAUUCGAGCAUCGCUAAAUAUGCACAAUGGGAUGUUUAUGGGAUUGAUAAAUGCUCCAAUGAGAUUCUUCGACAUCAACCCCUCCGGUCGAAUUCUAAACCGUUUCUCAAAGGAUAUCGGAGCGUCUGAUGAAAUUCUGCCAAAGGCACUACUAGAUUCCGGUCAAAUUAUUCUAAAUAUGCUGGGCGCCAUCAUUGUCACAUCCACCGUUCAACCCGUGUUCCUCAUUCCAGUUUUUUUACUAGGGAUAGCAUUCCUCUUUAUUCGAAAAGUGUAUUUGAAGACAUCUAAGAACAUCAAACGACUGGAAGGGAUAACGAGAUCUCCGGUAUUCACACAUAUUGCAGCCUCACUGAGCGGGUUAUCAACCAUACGAGCCUACGGAGCACAGAAGGAACUUAUAAAAGAAUUCGAUGCUCAUCAGGACAUCAACACAGCAUCGUGGUAUAUGUUCAUCACUACAUCGUCUGCCUUUGGGUUUUCAUUGGAUGUAAUUUGUCUAGUGUUUUUGGCAUGCGUUACUUUCUACUUUGUUCUCAUCGAUGCAGGUGCCAUGGGGGGUGAGGUUGGUUUGGCUAUCACCCAAACAAUGGCUUUAACCGGUCUCCUUCAAUGGGGAAUCCGACAAAGUGCCGAGGUGGCAAAUCAACUUAUGUCCGUUGAAAGAGUUCUCGAAUAUCGUGACUUAGAGCCCGAAAAAGAACCCACGAAACCUGCUCAAGUUGAGAAAGAUUGGCCACAAAAGGGACGGUUGGAAUUCCGACAAGUAUUUUAUCGGUAUUUCGACGGAGCCGACCCAGUCCUUAAAGGACUUAAUUUUGUUAUUCAUCCAAACGAAAAGAUUGGCAUUGUCGGACGUACGGGUGCCGGAAAAUCAUCUCUAAUUGGUGCCAUAUUUCGAUUAGCAAAAAUCGAUGGAGACAUCAUCAUUGAUGGUAUUAAUACUGCCACGGUACCAUUGCGUACGCUACGCUCGAAAAUCUCAAUCAUCCCACAAGAUCCUGUCCUGUUCUCAGGGACACUUCGUAGAAAUUUAGAUCCGUUUGAGGAAUAUCCCGAUGGAGAUUUAUGGCGUGCUUUGGAAGCUGUCGAACUCAAGGACAUUGCCAGUGGGCCACAUGGACUACAGAGUAUCGUUACAGCCGGUGGGGGCAAUUUCAGUGUCGGGCAGCGACAAUUGGUCUGCCUGGCUCGUGCCAUCCUACGUAACAAUAGGAUUUUAGUAUUAGAUGAGGCGACUGCAAACGUGGAUCCACACACGGACAGUUUAAUUCAGACGACAAUCCGCGAACGUUUUCACGAUUGCACAGUCCUCACAAUUGCCCAUCGUCUGCACACCAUUAUGGAUUCAGAUCGCAUCCUUGUUAUGAAUUUCGGAAACGCCGAGGAGUUUGGCACACCUUACGAGCUACUACAACUGCCGAAUGGAAUUCUUAGAAGUAUGAUCCUUGCAACGGGAGCGCAAGACUCUGAAAGGCUCUUUCAAUUAGCUAAGGACAAGCAUGAAUCGACUACUAAACAGUCCUGAUUCCGCAGCAGCAGUGGUAGUUAUAGGGAAUGAAAAAUUGCUCGUAGGUGAAUAUUUAGAUAACAAAAGAAACUAUGCCGCAGCUAUACUACUUAAAGAUAAAGAUGUAUUUUUGUACUUAUGAUUAGACUUGUGUUGUUUAUAUUGCGUACAUCCGUGCAGCAGAUCCUAAGUGCUCUGACUAUACCAAUUGUUCCUUCAAAGUGAACCGUUUCAAUGUUAAAACAAAAAUCUGAACAAAUUUAGAUACAAUUAUGAACAGAUAAUCACAAUAAACUAUUACUAUAACUGCAGGGAAAUAAAGUACCUUGGCGAUGCGCGGCCUAUUAGACUUAAAGCGAAAAUGCAUUUGGCGCAGAUACUUAGAGUCUAUAUGCGCAGUCGUGUUGCAAAUUUUUCGAUUAUUUUAUAGAAAUUUAUAUUUUGAAUUUAUAAAUAAAUGUGAUGCCUAUCUUUAUGUAUAUA